AUGGAGCGCGUGCCGACACUGCCGUUGCCGCUCUUCUCGAGCGUCGUGGGCUUCGCCGUGCCCGACUUCUCGGAGGAAAUCGUCUCGGACAAGCGCAGCUUCUUCUUCGCCUCGAACCACCUCAAGAACUUGGCGCUCGUGUCCAAAUCGUGGCACAAUUCCGUGCGCGAAUUGGUCGCCCAGUGCCAGCGGUCGACGCUGACGCUCAAGUUCCACACUGCGAGUCGCCCCGAGCUGCUGGAGAUGAGGACGAAAGUGCUGGCGAGAGGCCGACACGUCACAGAUCUGAGGAUCUCCAUGGGCCAGGUCGGCUCCUUCGGGGAGUAUUUCAGUCUCGGACGGCGUCUACCGGAGACUUUGGACACUCUGGAGCUCGGGUGGGACGCGCUGAUCGCACGGAUGCCAGGGCUGCGUCGGCUGGACUUGUCCGAGAUGCCGCUGUGUAGUCCACACACUGUGAAAGUCGUGGAGGCGGCGACCAAGUCCUGUCGGGAGCUGGAAGCUUUGAUUCUGCCUGGAAAAGAGCACUAUGAAAUGCACCCGGGCGCUGAGAUUGACCCUCUUUUGGACGCGGUGUACAAAGGACUGGAGAGUUGGAGACCGGCGGGACAUCGACGAGGACUGAGGCAGUUGAAGGUUCCAACGAUUAAUGAGAAGACGCGGUUCCAGUCGUGCAGGAAGUUCUUCGACAAGCUGGUGACGCUCUGUCCGCAGGUGGAGUAUCUGGAUGGGUACAAACAGUCGUUGUGUGAGAUGGACAGACUUACGUGUCAGGACGUCUGGCUGCUGAAUUUGGAGGACUGGAGGAAGUUCAACGCGGCGUGUACGAGUAUUCGAGAGUUUAACUGGGUCGUCGCUCCGUUUGCAGACCCGUACUUUGAAGUCUUUGGGGAGUACGUGAAGCCUCAACUUACGAAGCUCAUUUUCUGCAUUAACAUGCUCUGGGACUGGGAAAAGUACUUCGUUGAGCUGGAUAGGGAAGCGGGAUUGCUGGCUAGAUCCAAUAUCGUCGAUGUUGGUCGUGCGGGCUAUGGAUGGUUCGCGAGAAAUCCUAGUAGUGCACUAUUGGGCUGUCCAGGCUUGCAGGAGCUUGAAAUCGCGCUCUACGGCCCACCGGAUGAGGACGAACUCGAUGAUCCGUUUACUUAUAACAGAGACCAAGGUUACUUUCCAGACGAUGAAGUUCUAGAGAAGAGCAUUUUCGGCGACGAGUUUUGGGAGACGCUGGCUACCAACUGUCCACUGAUUAAUCGCAUCGCAUUGUGGGAAGUCGUGGAGGGGCUUGAGCUCCAUCACAUCCAUUCUUUUACGGACCGCGGACUGAUAGCACUGGCGCAACUGAAAUACUUGGAUUUUAUGGAGCUGCGCCCCAUAAACUGCACUGGAAGCGGGCUUUUCGAGUUCUUGAAUGGCUUCUCCGAUGAGUUUACUGGACAACGCACGUUUCAAAUUUGUGUGGGAAGUAAAUCCAUUAUGCCGGAGCACGAGAGGACAGAUUUGAAUUUCUAUGACGCAGUCAUGAGUUUGCUGACGCGACUCGCCGAUACGCAUGCAAGUGACCUGCGGAUGUCACAACAGAGAAUAGUACUUCGCUUGAAGAAUGCCAUCGCCAGUUCGGUGGAGAGGGACUGGGGUGUCGAUUACCUCGAACGGCUGAAAAAGGUUGUGGAUCGCGUCAAGGAAACCCACCUCUCGCUUCGACUGCGCAUUACGGCACACGGCUACAAUGGUGUAAGCUUCAGAAGUAUCAGUGAGUUGGGUCUCUACGCUGCGCACGCUGAGCCCAGCGUUUGGUUCGGCUGGGACGAGCAAGAGAGCAAUCGCGAUGUAGUCUUCGUGAACCGCGGCGGUGUGCCAUACAUUGAUGAAAGCUCUGAAGCCGCAGCUGGCGAUGAUGACGAAGGCGAUUCCGGCAGCGACUAUGACAUGGAGCGCGACAACGAUGAGGACUUUGCGCUGUGA